CCUAAUCUUUAAACCGAAGUACGCCCUUAUUCUUUUACCCUCGAUCCCUUUCUCUCUCCUUCAGCUUCCUUCAAACCCUAGAAUCAAUCCCUCUGCUUUCCCAAAAAUAAUCAGAAACCCUAGAAGCUCAGAGCUUCGAUCAUCAUCAUGUCUGUGCUAUUGUGCGGCAAAAGAUCGCCGGCGAGCUUCUUCGAGGACGAGUACCAUACGCCUGUUCCAGCCUCGAAGAGGAUCCGGUGCUCCGCCGCCCUCCAGUUCUCUCCGCCUCCGGCCUCGGUCACGUCACCACCUUCGACCGUUGUUUCUCCAGUUGAUCGGCUUAGGGCUCUGUUUCCUGAUAUGGAUGAGGAGUUGCUCGCGAAAGCACUUGAAGUAUCAGGCAAUGACUUGGACAUUGCGAUAAAGAAUUUAAAUAAUCUCCAUUUGGAGUCAGCGAGGGCAGAAUUAGACUUUUUCACUUAUUUCAACCUCAUUCACACUACUGUAACUGAAAAUAUCACAGGUAAUUUGAGUCAUUGUGGCGGGGAUGGUGCUUCUGAGAACCAAUCUGUGGCCUGCAAUCUUCCAAGCUCUGGAUCAGAAUGGGUUGAGCUGAUUGUGAUAGAGAUGUCAAAUGCUUCAAAUAUGGAUGAUGCCAGAGCUCGUGCAUCCAGGGUUUUGGAGGGCUUGGAAAAAUCAAUUGUCGCACGAGCUUCUGCUGAAGCAGCUCAAAGCUAUCACAAGGAACAUGCAAUAAUGAAGGAACAAGUCGAAAAGCUGCUUCAGGAGAAUGACAUUUGGAAGCGAGGGUUUAAAACCCUGCAUGGGCAAAAGGAAGAAUUUGACAGAUGCAGCAUAGAGCUUCAACAGUUAAAGGAGAUGAUGUCGCAGCGAGACGAACAGCUGAGAAAGCUCCAGAUAGAGAACUAUGAGUUGAAACUGCGACUAAUGCGAGAGCAGCAGAGUAGCCAGAUGCCAGGAAGGUUUCACCCUGACAUAUUUGGGUGAAUCUCCAAUGAUGAAAUUAAACAAAGAAAAAAAGGAAGACGGAAGUGAUAAAAUUUAUUGAUUAUUGAUGUUGUUCCCAUUGUAACGGUUUCCAAAUUGAAUUAAUUUAUGUUUAAUCAGAGGAGAGUAAAAUAUCAUAGGGCUUUGGGGGUAAGAUUUAGCAGAUAACAAGGUAAUGGGAAAAUCCCUAUCCUUUUCCAUAGUAGGUCUGUUAUAAAGAUAUCUGCCGUCGGGUUCAAAUUAUCAUUUACUUG